AUGGAGACAGCGAGAGUCUCCGGGUAUAACGCUUCAUUCAUCAUGAUUGCGACUUAUUGCUUUUUGCUACUAGUGCUGUAUUUCUUGUGCUGUGACCUGUAUGUUUCUAUCUGUGAGGACUGUGUAACCUUGUUUGGUUCUCAACAGAUUCAUGUUGGCGUACAGGACAUAUCCUCUUAUAAUAUGGCGGAUUCUCGUGAUCCGGAAAUCGUGAUUGUACAACGUAACAGCUUUGUUACGUCAGCCUUUGCCGUCGCCAUCCCUGUGAUGGCAUUGUUGGCAGGCUUGGCGUUUGCUGUUUACUGUUUUCACAAGAUUAAAGGAACACGAGAUCUUGACGUCUUGGAUAUUAGUGAGGAAACCAUACUGGAAGACAGUAUGGAAACUGAAGAUCUCGAUGAUAUGGAACAACUGGACGAGACUGAUGACGACUCUGACACCGACUUUGACGAAGUGGCUGGACUGGAAGACAGUCUAAAUAUGGAACAACUCGACGAGACUGAUGAUGACUUGGAUACUGACUGUGACGACGUUGACGAAGUGGCUAGACUGGAAGACAGUCUAAACAUGGAACAACUCGAUGAGACUGAUGACUUGGAUACUGACUGUGACGACGUUGACGAAGUGGCUAGACUAGAAGACAGUCUAAACAUGGAACAACUCGACGAGACUAAUGACGACUUGGAUACUGACUGUGACGAAGAUGACAAAGUAGUUAGACUGGAAGACAGUCUAAAUAAGGAAAAACUCGACGAUAAUCUUCUUCAACAAAUUGAAAAACUUCUAGAUGACAAACUGCAUUUAGAGGAAGAUUUAAGAUUGGCUCAAAAUAAAGUGCGAAAGCUGGAAAAGGUAAAUGAAGAACAGACUGAUACAAUAACAACAUUGGAGAGUCAUCUGGGUGAGAAAGAUCUCUUGCUCAAGAAGAGAGACGAAGAGGAAAGAGAGAGGGAAAUGUUCUUCCAGCAGGAGAUGGCUGAGAAGCAGAGAGAGCUGAAGGCCACUCUACAGAUGGAAACAGAACUCUGCCUCAAAUUAAAAGAAUCCGAAAAUAUUAAUCAGUUGCUUGAUUUGGAAAACGAAGAGUUCUGUAGGAUGAAUGAAGAUCUUAGGAACGAUUUAGUUGAGAAAGAGAAGGAAGUCGACCUUCUGAAAGAAUCCCUCAACCUUAAAACUAAGGAAUUGGAGGAAGGUCUUGACAAACGGGAAAUAAUGAAGAGACAAUUGGAGGAAACUGAAGAGGAUAACUCUUCUCUCCAAGAAAAACUGGGGCUCGCUGAAAAGGAGAACGUAAGUAUCCAGCAGGAUGUCUUGAUUAUGCAGGACGAAAAUCAAAAGCUCCAGUCACUUCUCAGCCAAGCAGAAUCUGUGGCCAUCUUGCCAAAGGAAAUCUUAAACGCUGAGAAAACAAGUCAUGAGUUACUAGGAGACGAGCUUCAAGUCAUGAAGAACUGGGUGGCUGAACUAGGCGAAGAAAACUCCAAGAUGAAAGAAGAAUUAAAAGAAAAAACACUGGACAUAGUGUUACUAGAGAAAUCAUUAGAAACUGAGAGACAAAAUAACAAUACUCUGCAGGAUGCUCUCCAUCGUCUGAAAGAAAUAGAGAACUUGCUGGAAGAAGCGAAGAAAAGAAAGAAGGAGAAAGACGAGGAGGUCGAGAGGCUGCAGAAAGAUAAUGAAGUCUAUCGAGAACAAAUUGAAAAUAUGGAGAUGAAGCUAGAAAAUAACUGCGAGGAGGCAGAAAGGCUAUUCAGAACACUCAAGGAGCAGGUACAUAAAAACAUCCUCUUAGUUAAGGAGAAGGAAGACGUAGAGAUUGAAAUGAAAAGGCAAUAUCAGGAGAACCUGAGGCAAAAGAACAGAGAAGCAGAGGAGCAGCAUGAACGGGAGAAGCAAAUCCAGGAUAACAUGGAAAGCGUCCUCCGUCAAAAGCAGAGCCUGGAAUGCUUACUGGAUUGUAAAGAAAAAGAUAUCAUCUCUUUGAAGAAGAAGGAGAGUGAAGCCCAGCUGGAAGUGCAGCGACUUCUCAAGGACUGCGAUAUGCUGAAAGAAAAGAUUCAACUACAGGAGCAAAAUAGAAUGAGAGAAGAAAAGCGUCUCAGGGAACAGCUAGAAACACAGGAGGAGGCUUUGAGGGAACAUGACAAAUACAUGCUGAUGAUGUUUCUACAUGGGACUGCUCAGAGGAAUUUCCAGCUAGAACACAUUGCGCUGGAACAUGGAGAUAUGAUUGAAGAAGGGAAGCGAGAGAAAUGCACAGGAGGAACAAUAGGAAGGAAAGAUACAGGGAGUGAGGAAGACCCCUGUGAGAAGGCCCAUAAGACAGAAGAGAAACAACGUAAGAAGUACUGGAACGCCCAGCGGGAGAAGAACGAAGAUUACGAGAAACAAUGGGAGGGCCUCAAGCACAUUGUGGAAGAUGUUCUUCACGGAGAUGAAUAA